UCCUACAAGCUACAGGGACUCAUAGCGGCGCGCGCGCGUGCUAUUUAUCUCGUUUAUCUCGUUCUUAUAUAUACAUUUUUUUUAUCUCGGUUCGCGAAAUAAUAAGGUCGUUUAUUCCUGAAGCAUAAAUCUGUCCGGCUGCUUGGUUUGGUGUCUGACACUGGAGGACUUAUGGGUGUCUUGUGCGCUACACCGGCGAGAUAGCCAAGAUAUUUAUUUUUUAUUUUUAUUUAUUUUUUUUUAUUAUUUUUGAUCAUUAUUAUUAAUAAUAAUAUAUUUUUUUGUUUACAUUCGCGUGCACAGCAUCAGUGCAUUGAGGUUUGAUCUGAAUAAUUCAUUUCGUGCAACGAAUCAAGUAGAGAGAGAGAGAGAGAGAGAGAGAGAGAGAGAGAGAGAGAGAGAGAGAGAGAACAGCAGAGGAAGGAAGGAAGGAAGGAAGGAAGGGGAAAAAAAACAGAGAAAACGAGCGUUUUAUUUAAAGCCUGAUUUCGGAUUUCUUGUGUCGUUUUGUUUUUCCUAGAAAAAGCCUUUUUUUAUUUUUAUUUAUCAUUAUUAUUAUUAUUUUUUUUUUUUUAUCUUUUUUCUUCUCUCUCUAAAGAACAAGCCCAAGCUUUACUACAGACCGAAGCGGACACAAUCCCGGGUUUGUGAUCUUCAGGUCUGUUUAGAGAAAUGCAGUGAUUUUUUCUGCUGCGUUUUUAAAGGCCUGAUUCACGGCCAUCAUGUGCGUUCGGGUCUGAUUAUCUAUCACGGAAGAAGAGAUCGGACUCAACCCUUUCCUCAAGCUGUCAGCUCUGCAGUCUUCCUGUGCUGAAGCCGACAAGCUUAACGAACAGGUGGAGAGAGAAAGAGAGAAAGAGAGAGAGAGAGAGAGAGAGAGAGAGAGUGUGUGAGGGAGGAUAAAGGUCAAAGGUCAUUUCAAGAUGAGUGAGCUGGAGCAGCUCCGACAGGAGGCUGAGCAGCUGAAGAACCAGAUACGAGAUGCGAGGAAAGCAUGUGGAGACUCGACACUUACUCAGAUAACAGCGGGACUGGACCCAGUGGGUAGGAUUCAGAUGCGGACACGGCGCACCCUCAGAGGUCAUUUAGCCAAAAUCUACGCCAUGCACUGGGGCACCGACUCCAGGCUUCUGGUCAGUGCUUCACAAGAUGGCAAACUCAUCGUCUGGGACAGUUACACUACGAACAAGAUCCACGCCAUCCCGCUGCGUUCCUCAUGGGUGAUGACGUGUGCUUACGCACCGUCUGGAAACUUCGUAGCCUGCGGCGGUCUGGACAACAUCUGCUCCAUCUACAGCCUGAAGACCCGCGAGGGAAACGUGCGAGUCAGCCGAGAGCUCCCUGGACACACGGGUUACCUUUCCUGCUGUCGCUUCAUCGAUGACAAUCAGAUCAUCACGAGUUCAGGAGACACCACCUGUGCUCUGUGGGACAUUGAGACAGGUCAGCAGACUACGCUGUUCUCAGGCCACAGCGGCGACGUGAUGAGUUUGUCUCUGUCUCCGGAUUCGCGCACGUUCAUUUCCGGCGCGUGUGACGCCUCCAUCAAACUGUGGGACGUCAGAGACAGCAUGUGCAGGCAGACGUUUACAGGCCACGAGUCCGACAUCAACGCCGUGUGUUUCUUCCCCAGCGGCAGCGCGUUCGCUACGGGCUCAGACGACGCCACGUGCCGCCUGUUUGACCUGCGAGCGGAUCAGGAGCUCAGCCUUUACUCGCAUGACAACAUCAUCUGCGGCAUCACGUCGGUGGCGUUCUCGCGCUCAGGACGGCUGCUGCUCGCCGGCUACGAUGACUUCAACUGCAACAUCUGGGAUGCCAUGAAAGGAGACCGUGCAGGAGUCCUGGCCGGCCAUGACAAUCGUGUGAGCUGUCUUGGCGUGACUGACGACGGCAUGGCCGUGUGCACCGGCUCCUGGGAUAGCUUCCUGAAGAUCUGGAACUGACAUCAAUCUCUAAUUACCACACACUGUAUGCCUGUUUUACUGUAUAUAUAUAUCUCUCUCUCUCCCUCUCACACACACACACACACACACGCACGCACGCACACAUAUUGUACAUAAUAUAUUACGCCAACUAGGUAUCUUGAGUUGUUUAUUAUGGUAAUUGAUUUGUACACAUAACUACACCUGAAUCUGUGGAUGCAGGUCACAGGAUUGACCCACUGAAGCUAAACAAGAAUGUUCUUUCUUUCUUUCUUUCUUUCUUUCUUUCUCUCUCUAUCUCUCUCUCACACACACACACACAGGACUUCAACACAAUGUAAAAAAUAUCCACUCAAAGUGUUGCGUGACUCAGAUACACAGUCAGAGAGAAAAUUGGAAGGAAGUUUGUUCAAUUGUGAAUCCAAACAUUUGAGUGUAUUUAUGUUUAUUUGAAAACACACACACACACACACACACACACACGCGCGCACACACACACACACGCACACACAGCUAGUCUUGGGCUCUGAGAAGACAAGAGACGAUCUUUAGCACCUGAUCGCUGAUAAUUCUAUACCCCAGUGUAACUUUGGGAAGCUGAAAGGUUACAUUUGACUAGUUAGAUAACGAAACCCGUGUAACAUCCAGGCGAUCUUAGCCGUUAGCAGUUCUGUCAACUUUAUACAAAGUAAACAACUUUUACUUUUUUUAAGUUUUUGUUUAUUUAUUUUUUGCAAACACUAGAAUUUUAGCUGCAUGUGGCAGCAAUCAAAGGGGUCCAAGCACCAUGAGCUUGUUUAACAGGGUUAACGAGAACGCAAUGUUUUCCCACUCGGACAUUAAACGUGUGCAUGCUUGUGAAUUAUCCGACUUGUUUUUGUUUGGAUUUUUUUUUCCUCUCAACAAGCAGGUCAUCAUUAGAAACCUUCUUCCUUCCUAGCGAGCUCAGAGAUGCAACACGGCAUGCGACGGUCCAACUCGAUUGAGAAACCGUGUGUUUGUGGUGCUUGGACCCCAAAAAAGGCACCGGGUUAAAAUGUUACCCAGAAAAAAAAAAGUACAGAAAUGUUUUUUUUUUUUUGGUAAAAUAUUGCAAUAUUAUUGUGAUUGGUGUUGGAGGGUUUGGCGGUUAUGAUAUGAACACAUGCCUGGUGUAACGCAGGUGUAGUGACGUACUAGAAGCAUGUGGUACGAACGUGAUCGUCCGUCACGCCAAACCGUAUUAGACGACUGACGUUUCGCACUUCGUUUUACAACAGACACCUGUGACAUCCGGUACGAGUAAAUAUCCGAUUUCUUUUUGUUGUUUUGAUGUUUUUUUGUUUAUAUUCUGAUUUUCUAUGCUUAUUUUCUUCAUGUUUUCCCUGCGUGCCUCAGAUAACACUGUAAGGAAAAUAAAUAAAAACUAAGUGAGGAAGUGGAA